AAAUAGUGUAGCUGAACGAAUGUUUUACUUAAUAUAGUAAGUAAAAAGCUGCCUGGACGGAGUUGUUUGGACGUAGUGGAAGUUUUCUUGUGAAAUCCUUGCAUUCGCGCAUUGGUGUCAUGAACAGACAGCCAUGUGGCCAAAUCUUUAUAGCUCUUGUACUGACAACUGUCCCAGUUGUUCAAAGUGGGAAGGUUCUUGUCUUUCCAGUGGAUGGCAGUCACUGGGUCAACAUGAACAUCUUGGUGGAGGCACUUCACACCAAAGGUCACAAUGUUACAGUCAUUCGGAUGGCAGACAGCUGGUACAUCAAAGAAUUCUCACCUCACUACACAUCAAUCACUAUAAAUUCUCCUGGAGGAUUCGACGAAGAAUUCUUUGAGACAUUUGCAUUCAGACUUAUGAAAAUUCUGAGGGAAGGUUCCACCUGGGCUCAUCUGAAGCUGGAGAUAGAGACGUGGCUAGGUACUUAUGAGUUGACCAAAGUAGAAUGUGAGAUGAUAAAGAGCAUGAUGGAAGACCAGCAGCUAAUACAGUCUUUUAGGGAUGCCAAGUAUGAUUUGCUUCUUACAGAUCCAUUCUUGUUUGGAGGUGUUCUUUUGGGCAACUUCCUGAAGCUGCCCAUUGUCUACAAUAUCCGUUGGACGAUGUAUAGUGAAGCGCAUUUUGUGAUAGCUCCUUCUCCACUUUCUUAUAUUCCUUUUCCGAUGGUGGAGUUAUCAGACCGCAUGAGUUUUUUUCAAAGAGUGUUAAAUGUAGUCAUGUACAUUGUAGCUGAAGCUAUGGGUGCUUUACUGUUUGCUCCAAAUUAUAAUGCACUUUGUGAACAGUUCAUUGGCCCUGGAGUGUCCUUCCUUAUGUUAAUUCAGAGUGCUGAUCUGUGGCUACAUAGAGUUGAUUUUAUUUUUGAAUUCCCACGUCCCACUAUGCCGAACAUUGUCUACAUGGGAGGUUUUCAAUGCAAGCCAUCAAAACCUCUUCCCCAAGAUCUGGAGGACUUUGUGCAGAGCUCUGGUGAUCAUGGUGUCAUCAUCAUGUCUCUGGGCACUCUCGUUGGUCAGCUUCCUGAUGAUGUGGCUGAGGCGAUUGCUGAAGCUUUUGCAGAACUUCCACAGAAGAUCAUCUGGAGGUACAAAGGAAAGAGACCAUCUGCUCUAGGAAACAACACCUUAAUGAUGGACUGGAUGCCUCAGAAUGAUCUUCUGGGUCAUCCUAAGACCAGAGCCUUUGUGGCACAUGGAGGAACCAAUGGGAUUCAAGAAGCCAUUUACCACGGGGUCCCGAUCAUUGGAUUUGGGCUGAUUUUUGACCAACCUGAUAAUCUUGUAAAAAUGAGAGUACGAGGUGUAGCCAAGACUAUAGAUUUUGCCACAGUGGAUAAGGACUCCUUUCUUAAAACUGUCAAAGAGGUGCUUUAUGAUCCCUCUUAUCGGGAGAACAUGCAGAGGCUCUCAAGGCUUCACAAAGACGUUCCAUUGAAACCUCUGGACAACGCCAUCUUCUGGAUUGAGUUUGUUAUGAGGCACAAAGGUGCUGCUCACUUGCGCACAGAGUCUUACAAAAUGCCCUGGUACUCUUAUCACUCUGUUGAUGUCAUACUGCUCCUGCUUUCUGCUGUGUCACUCAUAAUCUUGACUAUAUAUGCAGUAAUCAGAUAUUUCUGCUGCAGAAUAUGCAUGAGAAAAACAAAAAACUAACUUGAAUGAGUUUUGUAUUAUUAUUUAAGUAAUGAGCUACUCUAUGUCAGGCAUUUCCUGUAUAUUAAUGACCACAGCUUUGAAUCAUUAUGAUGUUCAUUUCAUAUGGUCUAUGAUCUAUAGAUGUUGAUUUAUUGGUUUGUGCACAUUUAAGUUUGUGUUAUUGUUUGAGAACCGUAUUGUGUAUUUCAUUAAUGAAUUUUGUCAGCUCUUUCAUGGUUUUUAUUUAUAUUAACUGAUUAGAUUUUGUUCUCUUUGAGGUUUUCCUUUUUUCUUUUAUGCUAUUAUUUCACCAUUCCGUACAUGACCCAAAGGUGUGUUGGACCAAUCUGAAUUGAAACAGAAAUACUGUAACUAAUAAUAACUGCUGAUGUUUUAAUGCCUUAGCCUUUCAUUUAUUUGGUGAGCAAAGGUCUUUAAAAAAACACAAACAAAAUACAGUUCAGCAAAAUACAUACAAUGGCACAAGCAUAGUUCAAAUGAUUCCCCAAUGAAUUAUGUCAGGAUUCUUUUUUGUAAAUCAAUGCAUUGCAACCGGGGUAUUCUAACCAAAUCCCAAACAAACCACUUCUUGUAACUGGUUCUUUUUAAAGACUUACACACAUACAGCUUGCAACUUACUGUGUUAUGUUGUACUCAAACCUCAUUAAGCUUUAAUAGAUUAAGGUUUGUUGUUUGUAUGACAGUAUUACCUUAAAAUACACAUUAAUUCAGCAGUAGCUAUUUUGUAAGAAUGUAUAAAUGAUUUAAUUAAAUAUUUCACCAUAUUGUUUAUUUUGAUAAUCAUUUUUAUUUCAAAUGUUUUUAUGUAGCAUAUAAAACAUGUACAGUAUAUGGAACUCAAUUACAUUUAGAGAAUCAGUUUGAUUUAAAGAUCUAUCAGGCAUUUCACAUGAUUUUUUUAUGUAUUGAAA